AUGGCGCUGCCGCCCACGCUGGUGUUCGACUACCCGACGAUCAACGCGAUGUCGCAGCACAUCGCCGAGCAGCUCGGCUGGAGGCCUGGUGUGUCGGACACGACAUCGAUCGUCCGAGGGGGGUCUCUGUUUGUGUCAGCUGGUCAAGGCGGGCUCCUCGCACGUGCUCCUGAACCUGUGCUCGUCUGCUCCGCCACGAACGCGUCCUUCGAUGGCCGAGCAAUCGUCUGUGCCGCAGCCAAGGAGCAAACCGCCCACGUCCCGAUGGCACGGUUCGACCCUGACUCCGCAUCGGCCAUGGCAGCUGCGGACGGCGCCCGGCUCGCAGGACCGAUCCGGUUCGGGGCCUGGAUGGACGGGGUUGAGCUCUUCGACACCAGCUUGUACAGGAUCCCUCGCGUAGAGGCGGAAAUGAUGGACCCGCACCACCGGCUCCUGCUAAGUCGUGCAACAGUGGUGGUUGCCGACUCUCGGCCGCCCGUCCAGAUCGUGGGCGGCGCGGGCGUGUACGUCGGCAUCUCGACGGAGCCAGGUUACAGCGCCAUCUCACGCGAGGCUUUGAAGCUCGGCGGAGAAACGGCAUCGCCGUUUGCUGCAACGUCCUCCCCGAUCGGAGCUGCUUGCGGGCGGAUCGGCUUCCUGCUCGGCAUGGGCGGGCCGACGAUGAGCGUGGACACAGCGUGCUCGGCUGGCCUGGUCGCGGCGUCAACGGCGGCAUCCGCCAUCAUGUCCGGAAGCAUCGGCGCGGCAGUUGCGUGUUCCGUCAAGCUGAAUUUGACGAUAGAGCCGUAUUUCGCGUUGGCGGCCAUGAGCGUGCUGAGUGCGGACGGCCGCUGCAAGGUCUUCGACGCAUCGGCGGACGGGUACGGGCGGGCGGAGGACUGCGAGGCCAUGUGGCUGCAGAGCGCGCACUCGACUCAUCAGGACGUGGCGCCACUCGCUCUCCUCGUGUCGUGCGCGGUCAACCAGAACGCUAGCGGGACGUCGCUCACCGCACCGCAUGGGCCAUCGCAGCAGGCGCUCGUCAAGUCCGCGCUGGUGUCGGCGCGGGCGACUGCCGCGAGCGUCGCAGGCGUGUUCCUGGCAGCCAACGGAACCCCCCUGGGGGACCCGAUCGAGACCAACGCGCUGGCGGAGGUCUUUGCGCCAACGGGCGGAGACGAACGCGUCAGUCUGAUGUCGUCCAAGGGAUUCUUCGGACAUGGCGAGCAGUCAUCUGGGACCAGGAGCAUGCUCGAGGCACUCCACAUGCUGCAAGCCAACGCCCUGCCGCCGGUGCUGCACUUGCGAGACCCCAGUCCGGCGAUCAAGAGCAUCCUCGAGACGCCGUGGACGCCCGCGAUCAGCCGGUGCGAGGGCCCGAACGUACAGGCUUCGGCAGACGCGCUGUUCGGAGUGUCUUCGUUCGGGUACGCAGGAACCAAUGCGCACGUGCUGCUGCGCCGCACCGCUGACGUCGAGGCCAGCGCACAUGGCACACUGGGUCCGUCGGCCGUCGAGGCGAUCGCGUGCUUCGCUCCGGAGCGGUGCUGGGUGCUGCCAACGGAACCGCUGUGGUCCAGGUGUAUGUCCGUGCGCUUCGCGGGCGCUCAGUCCAGCUUCACCGAGGCGGCGUUCGAGGUGGGGAUCGACAGCACUCGCCUCGCUUCGGCGCUGGCUGGCGGACCGACGCGCAGCGCACUGCCAGGCAGCGUGCUGCUUGACGUCGCCAGUACCGUUUUGAGCACGAUGACGCCGCGUCCGCAGGGUCUCGGCCUCGGACUGCUCGCAGUCUCGCUGGUCGCGAGCGGCUUCAACAUCUUGGGCCCGCGGAGGGGAGCGCAGGGCUCCGCGGCACGCGUUCUCCACGUGAAGGUGAAUGCAUCCAAUGCGCGUCUGAUCGUCCUUGGCCUGCCGGCCUCCGGGGGCAAGCGCUUCGUGGAGCUGCUGACCUGCCGCAGCGGUGCGGUCCGGGGUGCUGCAGCCGGGCCGGAUCGUCGCCGCACGUCGCAGGUGGUGCCGAUUGCCUCCGUGCAUUUGGUCUCCAAGCUAGUGGUUGCUGCGAUGUCGGUCCCGGACGCAGCCACCAGGGGGAUCGGCGCCUUGGAAGCGGCCACUCAGACACUCGCUCUCGGACCGGACGUGCGACAGGGGGCGGUGAUUCAGGGAGUCGGCGCGCUCGUGGCGUCGCAGUGUCGUAGCAGCGCUGGACCUGUGGCGACUGCUGGCCACGGAUGCGGUGCUGCCCGAUGCUCGGACGCCGCUGUCAGUCUGACGGGCGUCGCGUUCGCGGCGGAGGAAGCGGCGGUUCCGAGCCGUGUGGGCGCCAGCCGCGGCCUCGUCAGGCAGACGUCGAUCCCCAGCCACCGCCUCGCAGCAGAGGGGACGGUGGGCGUCCCGAGCGCAGUGAGCAUUGCUUCUGCGCGGGGCGCGGAGUCGCUCAGGCAGCUGAUUGUCAUGUCGAAGCAGGAGCGCAGCGAGCACCUCGAGGGCCUCAUUCUGAGCACUAUCUCCCGGGUCGUUGGGGCCGACUUGGACCCGGAGGACAAGAUCGCCGACGCGGGUGUCGACUCCCGUGCUGCGUUGCUCAUCCACACCGACCUCCGCACCCGCACCGGCAUCGACGUGCCGCUCAUGGACGUCUUUGAAUGUCAGACGGCGGCGGAGCUGAGCGACGUCCUCAGCCGGUUCGCAGAUCGAGCGGCCGCGGAGAUGGCGGACGAUGGCGCGGGGCCAUCGGGUCAGCCAGGGGAGGGAGGCGAGGUCGAGGUCAGCACGACCGCGACGUACAAGUGGCUGUCAACGCACACGCCGCCAAAGACGCUCUUCCUGGCGACGCCGAUCAUCAUCGAGGGCCCUGCCGCGUACCGCACCUUCUCAUCGUGGGUGUCUUGGGCCGGCGCCGACAUCGUGGUCCUGCCCAAGGAUGAUACGCUCUCCAUCAUGCAGCUCGCGGAGUGGGGCGUGCGCGACAUCCUCUCCGUGCAGCCGAAGGGCCCGUACCUCGUGGGCGGGUACAGCCACGGCGGGAUCAUCGCGAUGGAGAUCGCGAUGCAGCUCGAGUCGGCGGGGCACGAGGUGGGCCUUGUGGUGCUGUUCGACCCCCCGACCAAGGAGAUGAUGAGUCCGUUCAGCCCGCACGAGACGUCCGCGUCGGACAAGGAUGUUCAGGACCUCAUGGAGAUGGUCCUGUGUGCCCUGGGCCCCAUGGCGACGGGCAGCAGUCUCAAACCAUGGGACAACCCCGAGUGGACAGGCCUGUCGUUCCAGGACAAACUCGCAUUCUUCUGCACAAUUUACGACGGCUUCGGAUAUCACUUCACACCGGAUACCCUUCUGGCGGAUCUGCGGAAGCGUGCACUGGACCACAAGCUCGGCCGCGCAGCGAACGACCCGCGGCUGCACACGUUCUCCAGCCGAGUGCUGCACUCGCUGGUGCUGUACUACCGCUGCACGGAGAAGGCCUCACACUUCCUGAUCGACGACGUCUGGACAGGGCCGCACGCGCACGGGCCGGCAUGGAGCCAGCACGCUGCAAACGUGGAGAUCUUCCAGGUUCCAGGGGACCACUACACCGUGCUCCGUCAGCGGGACGAGGACGUGCGCAUCCUGGUCGACGUCCUGCGCGCCAGGCUCCACAAAUACGGUUGGCUGGAUGUUGUGCCCGCCACCGUGCAGCAGGCGGUGCGCGACGAGGAGGAGCUUGCGGUGCGCAUGGACAGCCUCAUCUCGUACCUCCAGGCGACGGGCAAGUUCAGCGGCACGGAGACGCAGGCCAUUCGCCGCUUCGUGAGCGACUUGGAGGGCCUCUCCGUGGCUGCGUGCGGCGCGACGCAGCUGUCGACGAUGACGUCGCUCUCGCCCCCCCGCCUGCUCGAGUACCUGAACGAGGUCGGGCUGGCGUCGACGCAGAACGAGAUCUACGUCAUCCACGGGCUGUCUGGGGACUGCAUGGCCUUCCGGGACGCGAUCUGCAACGGAGGCAUUGCCAGGCACUCGGCGGAGCGCUUCGUCGGGAUCCAGCUUCCGCCGAUCAAGGCCCUGAGGACCGCCGGCCUGCACCGCAGCAUCGCAAAGCUGGCCGCGUUCUACGCAGGGUUGAUCACCGCGGUGCAGCCCGCCGGGCCGUACUACAUCGCGGGCCACGGGCACGGCUGCGCCAUCGCGCACGAGGUCGCGCGGGGCAUGCAGGAGCAGGGCCUCGACGUCCGCAGCGUCAUCUUAUACGAGGACCGCGUGUUUGCGGAAGUCAGCGACGCAUCGGCGAAGAUGUGGCUCCACCUUUGGCCCCUCCUGAGUCAGUAUGCGUCGGUUUCGAUGGACACGUUCCUGCGCGUGACGCGUGCGCAUGAGGCGCGAGGGGACGGAAGCUCCGAGGCGCUGUAUCACGAGUUACUGGAAGCAGUGAUGCAUGGCAGCAGCGUGCAGGGCUCCGACGAUGGCGAGGGUUCGGGGCGUGCAGUUUCAGUUCAUGGCGCUCCUUCGCCCGACCAUGCCGAGCUCGUGCAGCGGGUGGACUUCCCAACCGCAGUAGAGUGGCACCAGCUGGUUCGCGACGCCGCCCGCGCGUUGAGGGAGGCUGCGACGCGCGAGGCGAGCGCCGGGGACUGCAUCGCGCGCGCAGUGAUGACGCUGACGGCCCGCGACCUCGCUGGGGCGGCGGAGACCGCAGCGCCGUCGACCGACACGGUCCUACUCAGGUCGCUGGGGCUGCGGCAGCUCGAGGACGUCGCAAACAUGCUGGCGACCCUGGUGCCCGGCGCGUCAUAUGAUCUCGCCGACAACUGCUUCGCGUGGCGUGUGCGGGCCGCUUCGACCCUGCAUGACGCCAUGAGCGGAUCCGCAGUGAUCAAGGGACCGGUGUCGGGCGCGUCGGUGCUGUUCCAUCGCGACGCGAGGUGCAACGCGCAGCAGUUGGUGUCGAGCAGUGCUGGGGUGUUGGGCAGCGUUGCGCGGGCCCUCCAGCCUCUUCUCGUCGUCCAGCUGCCUGAGCUGGCGGGCGAGGACGACGAAACGUCCGCGCUGGUGCACAACUCCGCCCUCAGGGACGUGCACGACGCUGCCAACCUGUUUGCGGAGGGCGUGCAGGAGGUCCACAGCCCCUGGCGCUGCCGGGCGUGGAUCCUGGAGAAGGCGGACCGGGCGCACGCUCUCGCAGCCCUGGAUCGCGCGCGAGAGGGUUCGCGGAACGUCUGCCGCGACAACAGCAACAGCGUUCGCGUGGCACGGAACCGCUUCUGCCCCGAGGAUCCGACGGGCGCGAAGAAGAACGCCCCGCCGCCGCCUGCGGGCAUCACCGCGCCCCCGACGCUGCGCGUGCCGCUGUGGAUCCUCGCGGACGAGCGCGGCCAGUGCAUCGGAGGCGCGGCAUGCUUCCUGCACAGUCUGCCGUGCCCGGCCUACUUCCUGUCCUGCGCGGACUACGGGGAGUUCCGGCACCUCGACAGCGUCGCCGAGGCGUACGCCAACGUCAUCGUGCGCGAGCAGCCCGGCGGGCCGUAUGUCGUUGUCGGGCUGUCGUUGAUCGGGUCGCAGCUCGCUGGGCGCGUUGUCGACGUGCUCACGGGGCGCGGGGCGCGUGCGGCGGGGGUCUUCGUCGACGGCACGCCCGCGCCGAGCGCGAUGCGGCGCGAGAAGUUCGACGUGUACGCGCUCUUCCACUCCCUUGUCGACCUCCUGCCCAGGGAGCAGCAGUUCGAAAUGCUCGGGGCAGCCAUUGCCGCCGAAGACAAGGACAUCGAGGAGUCCGGAGCGCCGUCUCCGGCGGCCUCGGGCGCUGGACCGAGCCAGCCUCGACAGACAAACUACCCAGAGAUGCGCAGAUUCCUCGACGCGGUCCACGCGGGGGACGCGAGUGGCGCAGGGAGCGAGGCGAACCCGCAGACGUACAAGGUGCCGCUGGCCGUGUUCGCUGAGGUUCUGAGCGGAGCCGAGACGUUGCACGACCAGCUAGUGUGGCUCCACCGCUUCAAGCCCGAGGGCUUGGGCAUGGACACGUUUAACACGCUCCUGCUGAGCAGUUUGAAGCGCGGCGAGGUGCUGGAGAAGAUGUCGAGCCUGAGCGAGAUCUCUCACAGGGCGGACCCUCCGCUGCGCAGUGCAGCCACCGCGCUGCUUGCGCCGUGCGGCUCGCAGGGCCCUGCGCUCACUCGCUCGGCGCGGGCGGUGUGCCAGGCGGAGGUUGUGGUGGACAUGCCUUGGGCGCACGGUGCUGCCGUGUCCGGGGAACAGAACCGGUCCCGCACCAGCGCAGCGAUCAUGUCGUUCGCGGAGAGCUUCGUCGCGGCCGGAACGGAGCUUCGGGGGUCGCCGCAGGAGCAGGAUGGGGCACCCAAGUGGUGGUCGGUUGCAGGCGCGUUGCUCGACUCGGCUUCGGCGACUCAGUCGGGCGGGAGCCAGGUCGCGACGCCCAGAAUCUACGGGGCGGGCGGGCAGUACGGCGGUACGCGCCACGCACAGCGCGGGGCGCACGCAGGGCCAGGGACGCAGGGCCGACCUGGGUUCUUCUCGCGCCUGUUUGGCCGCAUGCAGCGCUGA